CGACGAGAUGGAGGACGAGGAGGGAGACGACUACUAUGAGGAAGAGCAGCUCUCUGCGCAGCGUCGCGCAAAGACCAACAGCCGGCUGUCGCAGUCAGUCGUCUCGCGGGCGAGUACAAACGAUCUGGACCCAGGACCAACACUGGUGCGAGCCGGCGCAAAGCAGACACAGUUCGAUCUCGUGGGCUUGGCGAAAGGACUGGUGCCGAAUGUCGAGCGCGCAACCCUGCAAGAGCCGGACAACGUGAUACUGGAAACGGAGCGGGUGUUGGGCAAAGUGAACGAGUCGCUGCACUCGGACACGCCAGAGACAAGGGCAGGCGUACUUGGAGAUGCGGCGCGAGAGCUGGUGUCCUUGUGGCAGGCCGCGUCGAAGAGCAACUCGAAGGCAAGCUUGUCAUCGAGCCGUUCUGGAGGCUCUGCUGGGCUUGCGAACGCCAGCCACCUGGCAAGCCUUCUAGUCAGCAUCCACCACCCUCCACCUGUGGGCCAGAACCAGCGAUCGUCAGCCCUGUCCCUCGUUCCGCGCGGCGAACCACGACAAUACACACCCGUACCACAGCUUCUGCUCGACUGGCUAAACCACACAUAUUCUGGCGUCUCUGAAGUCGAGCUGGUCCUGAAGGAAGCACGUGGAUACUCGAGGCACCACUCGUUCUGGGAGGCUGUGCAGGCUUCCGCUGUGCGCGGCAACUUCAGCCAGACUCUGCAGCUGCUGCAGGGCGCUAAGCUGGAGGUUGCAGAGUCCGCGCAGAACGACGGCCUGGGUGACAACGGGUACACAGGGUCGCAUCUCAGAUACGCGAAUGAAGCAGUUCGUUCAGCAAUCGACCUCCUACGCGAAUGCCCAGCUGUUGCAUCAGACGAUUGGGAUGUAAAGGGUCAGGACUGGAGCAUCUUCCGUUCGCGUGUACAUCAGGUGUACAACAAUCUACAAGAGUUCGCGGAGGGCGACAGCGUAAGCCGACAAGGCAUCUCUCAGCCUUUCCAAGCACCCCACUUCGGCAUUUCACAGUCACAAGCUAGUUUCCAGCUGAGCGUAGCGAGUCGGAAAGCAGAGAGCAGGGUGCCUUGGACCGUCUACGAGGAACUUCGCAGACUGUAUCAGCUUCUUUUGGGCAACGAGGAGGAGAUCCUUGCAAUCUCAGCAGAUUGGAUCGAAGCUGUCUUGGGUCUGACGAUCUGGUGGAACGGCGAAGAAGAUGACAUCGCACAGGGCAGCCUUGCAGCGAGCCGCCGUUCGUUGAUGCGAUCCCAGCGCGUUCGUCCGGUUGAUGUGACUCCAGUAACCGCCUACUGCCAGCGCCUGUCCUCCUCCUUUGCAGCGGUGGUCCAGAACAGCGAUGAGGAGUUCAGUGUCAACGUCACAGAUCGCUUCGAAGUCGGACUCGCUUGCGUCUUGGACGACAACAUUGAGGGCGUCUUGCUCAUUCUUGGUGGAUGGUCACUCACUGCAGCCGCUGCGAUCGCCGAGGUCGCCAGCGCUGGAGGAUGGUACAAGCCCGCAGGCGGUCUGCUAGGUGGAUUCGAUCAGAGCGACCUGAUGGUCUUGAGCUACAACGAACAGAACCGUACCGGCGCCACAAAAGACGACCUGCAAAUCACCUACUCCCAGGCCCUAUCGACCAAGGGCACCAUCACCACCCAAGACGGCCAAACAUCAAAAGAAGGCUGGGAACUCGCCGUACAAGUUCUAUCAAGACUAGACGACAGCAUCACAGCUUCUCAACGCAUCGAAAACAUCAUCAACGACCUCCCGCUAGACUCAACCGACCAGGUGGACAGAAUCACCCAGCUAUGCUACGCCAUGAACCUGAAUUCCCAGGCUAUCAGCAUCGCACUGAAAUACGCCGACCACCUCCGUGCCAACACCCACAACUACGGCGCCACGCUCCUCUACUACGCCCGCGCCCACUCCGCUCCAAAGAUCCAGGAAGUCCUACGCGUUCUUGUAGCUCACUGCCUCAUCAAGUCCAUCGCAUACCCGCCGCUCGUAGACCUCGACGCCUCUCUCUCCUCGCUUAUCUCUUCCCCGAAGCAAACGCUUACGAAACUUGCAGCCCAGGAUGCCGAGGCGGCGGAAAUUUUGAGCCAGCAUCUGAGCGGAUACGCGACGAUCCGGAAAUUCUACGACCUGCGCGACUCAUCCAUCCUGUCUCCUGGCGGCGAGAAACCCACACACCGCCCCAUGGCACGCAAACGCCUCGCCGCCGCCGCCCUCAUGGUAAUCAUCUCCAGCGCCGCAUCCAGCAUCCAAGGCGGCCUCUACGACCCUUCCAUCGAAACCGUCGUGCAAGUCGACGUCCUGCUCCCGCUUCUCGGCGAAGCGCUCAUCUUCCUGAACCAGCCCAAGCGCACACUCUCACUACGACAUCUCUAUGAUCUUCUCGCUGCGAUUGAGGAUUUCGAAACGAGCGGCGCGAUGGUGAAAGGCCAGUGUGAGGAGGUGCUUAAGACGACGCUGGGCGCGGCGCAUGGAGACAACGCUGUUUCCAAUCCACAGUCUCUUCUGCAGAAAUCUACGUCUGCACUUACGGGGUCGACUUACUCGAUGAUUGGGAGCCAGGAUUUUUCGGCGGAUGGUCAGAGUGCGAAUUCGAGUGCGGUGCUGGUUAAGGGUGGGAAGGUCGAAGAUGCGAAGAGGGGGUGGGAUUGGCGCGCUGGGUUCCCCAAUGGGGCGAAGGGAAGCGAUCUGUUGAAGGUGUUGAGGUUGGGGGUUGCGAGAGAGAUUGCGAGGUGCUUUGCUGAAGGGGAGGUUGCUGCGUAGAUGAGGACUGGUGCACAUUCAUGGAGGUGCAUAGGAGGAUGAGGAGAUGAAAUGACACGAUGGCACGGAUAACUCCAUAAAUACUAGAUGAAGG